AUGGAAAAAAUAAGAAAGUUAAUACCAGUUACAUCCGGUGAUAAAGAAAAACAAGUCGAUAGAAUCAGUAUGUUAGCAGAUGCACUAAUUCAUCAUGUCAUGUCUUUCGUGCACACAAUGUAUGCAGUACAAACUAGUAUUUUAUCAAAAAGAUGGAUUCAUAUUUGGAAAUCUCUACCGGUUCUCAACUUCGGUAGUUACGUGAAUGCACUUAAUCAGUCAGAUAGGCUUACUGAUUUUAUAGAUAGAGUAUUCAUUCUCCGUGAUGACAGUAGCAUCCAAUGGUUUAGGUUAAGAUGGCUUUUUGUCCCUAUUAACAAUGGUGUAAGAAGAAGUUUUUCUAAAUGGAUUGAUGGUUCGGUGGCGCUCAAUGUUCAAGAAGUAACUAUGCAACUCCAUCAACAUAAUAAUUUGACAUAUGAGAUUCCUCCUAGACUACUGAACUACAAAUCGUUGAAGAAGUUGGUACUGAGCAUGAGCCUGUAUACAGAUAUUAUUCUUACUAUAUCGAUGAGCCUACCACAGCUUAAGUUUAUGUGUCUGCGUGGAUUUUUAGUGUCGAAUGUAGAAUCAGCUAAAAGACUCUUUUCGAGCUGUCCCCUUCUUGAAACGUUGACGAUAGUUAAUUGUGAUAUACAAACUGAUAAUCAAAGGAAUUUCAAUGUCGAGUUUCUCAGACUUAAGGAGUUUUCAUACUCCCAUCUCCAUAGUAAUCAUAGGUGGAAUCAUCUUAGGCCGAAAAUUCUAAAGUUAUCUGCUCCUAAUCUCUCCAGCUUCACAUGUGAAUCUUACUUGACGCAAGACUAUGAUCUUCAAAACUGUUCGGAUCAGCUAUCGGCAGUUGAUAAGGUGAAUCGACUCGAUUUAUCAUCUGGAUUCCUUGAGGUUCUCUGGAGAGCUACUAACUUGUUAAACUGUCCUCUCCCUUGGUUGUGCGAUCUUCAAUUUUUGGGGAUGGAAACAUGGUUUACAAGGGGUAGCUUGCGCGCGGUGGCAUACUUACUCACAAUCUCUCCAAAUGUAAAGAAUCUGAUUCUUAAAUCAAACAAGCAGUCGAAUUUAGCACACAUUGGAGAUGAUUGGGAAGUAGGAUUAUCAGCGCCAGGCAUGCUGUCUGACCUCAAAGUUGUCCGAAUUGGAAAUGCGGAAAGAUGUGAUGCUGAACUCAAAAUUCUGAGUUUUUUGUUCAAAAAUGCAAAGGUUCUGAAGGAAAUUUCUGUAUACCCUUGUUCUACUAUUAAAUCCAUUGGUAGCUUGAGAAAACGAUAUGAGGAAAAGCUAAGAAUACUGCCAAGAUCUUCUUCAGGCGCCAGUAUGAGGUGGGGAGAAACAGGAAAUAGCUGUUGUAUAUAG